AUGACUGGCCGCGGCGGAAAAAAAGAACCAGUCCUCCUACCACCACGCGACCCAAGUCUUGAAACUCGGCCUGUGCCCCAGGAGCGUCACUUCGCUGUGCAGGCGUUUGGACCAGGUGCUGACGUCGAAACACAUCGACAAUUUCAAUCGAUUGAGGCUGUAGAGCAGCAGCUACCCGAUGCCAGCUCUAUUCGCAACAGCGGGGACGUGGAAAGUGAUGCUAAAGAACUUUUCAAGGCGCUCACCCAGGAGAGCGAACUUGUCGAUUUGGAUUGGACCGAAGACGGUGAAACCGAUGGUGAGCCGACCUGGGGCCCUGUCGUUAUAGUGACAGCCUACUCCGACAAGGUCACACCAAAUAUCAGCCAGGCCAUCAACAAUCUAGUCGAGACUAUUCAUCGUUAUAUCCUCCGAUGCCGUCGGUCUAGGGCAUUUGCAACAGAGGCAUUCAAGCGUCUUGAAAUCAAAGUCAUCAAAGAUAAAGAACUGCUGGAAAAUGCCUCCGACGACCGUGUCAGAGAGGAAUUCAAUGCCUACGUCCGCUCUCUCCGGCUGUUUCCCCCUGAUAUGGAGUGGGAGAGGGAGAGCCAAAAGUUCUUUAAAGAUAACCUCAACAGACCUAGAGGGCCCAGACGCUACGACUUUUGCGUUGUACUUGAUGAGCAGACAAUCGACAGUCUUGCGAGCAUUACUUUCCCGGAAGAUCUAGACGACGACUCCGAAACUUUGAGACAUAUCUCUGUGAAACUGGUGGACCGCAAAUGGAGAUACCCAAAAGAGGCAGGGGCUAGUACCCAGGGAAGGCAUUAUACGGGGACAGAUAUCUGUCCUCUUGUUGACUUGCCACUGAUCUGCGCCCACAUAUAUAACUACGCCGACCUUGAGGAGAUGUUUCCCCUAGACUGUUAUCGAGAUAUGCAUUAA